AUGGCUCCGUGGCCUCACGGGAACGGCUCUGUGGCCUCGUGGCCGGCUGCCCCCACCCCGACGCCCGAUGCCGCCAACACGAGUGGGCUGCCAGGGGCGCCCUGGGCGGUGGCCUUGGCGGGGGCGCUGUUGGCGCUGGAGGUGCUGGCCACCGUGGGAGGCAACCUGCUGGUCAUCGUGGCCAUCGCUCGGACGCCAAGACUGCAGACCAUGACCAACGUGUUCGUGACGUCGCUGGCCACCGCGGACCUGGUGGUGGGGCUCCUGGUAGUGCCGCCGGGGGCCACCUUGGCGCUGACGGGCCGCUGGCCUCUGGGCGCCACCGGUUGCGAGCUGUGGACCUCAGUGGACGUGCUGUGUGUGACAGCCAGCAUCGAAACCCUGUGCGCCCUGGCGGUGGACCGCUACCUGGCCGUGACCAACCCGCUGCGCUACGGCGCCCUGGUCACCAAACGGCGCGCCCGGGCGGCAGUGGUCCUGGUGUGGGUCGUGUCCGCCGCGGUGUCGUUCGCGCCCAUCAUGAGCAAGUGGUGGCGCGUGGGAGCCGACGCCGAGGCGCAGCGCUGCCACUCCAACCCGCACUGCUGCGCCUUCGCCUCCAACAUACCCUACGCGCUGCUCUCCUCCUCCGUCUCCUUCUACCUUCCGCUUCUGGUGAUGCUCUUCGUCUACGCGCGCGUUUUCCUCGUGGCUACGCGCCAACUGCGCCUGCUGCGCCGGGAGCUGGGCCGCUUCCCGCCCGCGGAGUCUCCGCCGGCCGCGUCUCGCUCCCGGUCCCCCGGCCCGGCCCGGCGGUGCGCUUCGCCCGCCGCGGUGCCCUCCGACCGCCUGCGGCCCGCGCGCCUCCUGCCUCUGCGGGAGCACCGGGCCCUGCGCACCCUGGGCCUCAUCGUGGGCACCUUCACUCUCUGCUGGUUGCCCUUCUUCGUGGCCAACGUGAUGCGCGCUCUCGGGGGGCCCUCUCUGGUUCCCAGCCCGGCCCUCCUGGCCCUUAACUGGCUGGGCUACGCCAACUCUGCCUUCAACCCGCUCAUCUACUGCCGCAGCCCCGACUUCCGCAGCGCUUUCCGCCGCCUACUGUGCCGCUGCCGGCGGGAGGAGCACCGCGCCGCCGCCUCCCCGCCGGGCGACCCCUCGGCCGCCCCUGCGGCCCUGACCAGCCCCGCGGAGUCCAGCCGGUGCCCAGCGCUCGACGG